AUGGGGGAGUUAAUCAGGAGGGGGGGGGGGGGGGGAGGCGAUGGGGGAGUCCAUCAGGAGGGGGGGGGGGGAGGUGAUGGGGGAGUCCAUCAGGAGGGGGGGAGGGAGGUGAUGGGGGAGUCCAUGAGGAGGGGGGGGGGGGCAGAGAGUGUGGUUGCGUCGUACGUGCUCGUCCCGGGCACGUACGACCAUCGUUUGUUUGGGGUUUGGGGUACGUAG